UAGUGUUACGUCUUUGCGUAGUUUGCGACAAACAAAUCUCCCAUUAUUUCAAGCCGUUUUGUUUGAAAUCUUUUUUUCCUUGGAACAACUGAAGUGCCAAGGUCAUCAAACUUAUCUGUCUCGAUUAUAUAAAGAGAAAGGGAUUCUAAAUUACAAGUAUUCAUAUACACGUCACAAAGUUUAAAACAAUGAAAUCUAAUCGGGCACAAUACAGGAAAAACUGGGCUGCUGCUAAUAGAGCAUUAAGACGUGGUGAUGCUCUUGUGCCUAAUAAUGAUAAUGGUCAAUGGUUAAAUCCUGAAGACAGUGGGUCUAAUACCGAGCCUGAGGAUUAUGAACCACCCCAAAAAUCUGUUCGAACCACUCCUGAACAAUCAUGUUCUUCCUUCCAUGAUACUGCUAAUGCUGCAGAAUUUGGGGAAAAUCAAUUUAUAAGUAGUUCCUCUGAAUCUGAAGAUGAAUACCCUCAACCAAGUUGCUCUUCCUUGAAUAAGAAUGAUAAUGUAGACAUUAGUUGUAGUGAAUCUGAAAAUGAGAUUUCUUUUGACAACAAGUUAGGUGAUUGGGCAAACAAAUUUUCUAUUAAGCAAAAUGCUCUUGAUGGUUUGCUUGUUUUAUUAAAGGGUAAUGGUCACCCAGAUUUACCCAGCUGUGCUCGUACAUUGUUGCAGACCUCCAGAAUUGUCUCCAUUGAAAAAAAAUCUGGUAUGGAUUAUGUUUAUUUUCCUUUAGCUGAGACUUUAUUAAAGCACUUUAAAAGACACCCUGUUGAAACAGUUCGAAACACUGAUUUGCUAGAAAUCUCUUUAAAUGUAGAUGGGCUUCCUUUGUUUAAGAGUUCUGGAAAAACCUUAUGGCCAGUGUUGUGUGCCAUUGUGAACAUAAAACCUGUUGUUGUUUUCCCAGUUGUUCUGACAUGUGGGGACUCCAAGCCUAAGGAUUUGGAGUUUUUAGAUGAAUUGAUAAACGAGUUGAAUAUUAUUCUUGAAAGUGGCCUAAAAGACGGUGAAAGAGUUUUGCCUGUCACAGUUAGAUGUAUUGUUUGUGAUGCCCCAGCAAGAGCACUUGUGAAAGGCACCAAGCUUUGCUCGGGUUAUUUUGGCUGUGACAAGUGCACCCAAAAAGGCAUGUGGGCAGGCAGAGUGAUCUAUCCCCUGAUUAGCAAUCUUGAAAUACGUACUGAUAUUUCCUUCCGAGAACAAGCUCAGGAGGAACAUCAUCGUGGGUUAAGUCCUUUCUGUAGUUUGCCUGUUGAUAUGGUUAAGAAAUUUCCAAUUGACUAUAUGCACCAGUUGUGUUUAGGAGUGAUGCGGAAAUUACUUUUGGUUUGGAUGAGGGGGAAGCGUGAGGUGAGAAUGUCUGUUGGUCAUGUGGAGGCUGUAGGUCGUAAAUUAGUGGGGCUGAAACCUUUUGUCCCUUCUUUAUUUGCAAGAAAACCCCGUAGUUUAUUGGAAGUAGACAGGUGGAAAGCAACAGAAUUUAGGCAGUUUCUGUUGUAUACAGGCAAAAUUGUUUUGAAAGGGAUCCUACGGCAAGAUCUGUAUGAGCAUUUUUUAGUUUUAAGUGUUGCAAGUUCCAUUCUGGUAUGCCCUUCUUUAGCACACUGUUACAAAAAUUAUGCCAAGCAGCUGAUGGAAUACUUUGUUCAGCAAAGUAAGGUUUUGUAUGGUGAUGAAUUCCUUGUAUAUAAUGUACAUAGUAUGAUUCAUUUGGUUGAUGAGGUUGACGAAUUUGGGUCUUUGGAUGCAUGUAGUUCAUUUCCAUUUGAAAACUACAUGCAAAAAUUAAAAAAGAUGGUUAGGUCAGGGAAAAACCCGAUUGCACAGAUAGCUAAACGUAUUAGUGAAUGUUCUAGCACCAUUGAGAAAAAAUGUGAAGCUCUAGUUAGUGUGAAAACACCCAACAAUGCUUUUCAGUUGGAUGACACAUCUUGUGUUGAAGUGGUUGAGCGGGCUUAUUCUGUUGAGGAUGAGGAACUAUACCUUUGCAGAGUAUAUGAGAAAACCGAACCCCAUUUCACUAAUCCUUGUGACUCCCGUUUAAUUGGCGUCCAUAAAGCAACCGCGCGAAGGAGUACAAUGAAAGUUCUGCCCAUGCAGAAGCUCACCAAAAAAGCAAUGGUUAUUGACAUUGGUUCUGAGAAAAAAAUAUUUAUGGUUGUUCUCCACACCAACAAUUGAUAACUAAGAUGUCAAGUGAUAGUUUUGCUGUGGUGGAAUUUGUUGACGAAAAGGCAGUUGAGGUUGUAGCCAAAAGCUGGAUUGAAACUUGUGAUGGGGAUUUGUAUUGCUAUUGGCCAAGGACAAACGUUUCCUUAAGGGUGAAAAAGCUGGAGCUGCCAGAUAAAAACAGUUGGAAAAAAUAUAAAAUUAGGAUUUUCUCAUAUACAGACAGCUUAGUAAAAGCAAAAAAUUUUGCAAAAAAGGCUCUUGCUACAUCCAACAUAGAAUCAGAUGAAGAUCCUGACUGCAAUGUGCCACGGAAACGUGUUUGCAUUAGAAGUAGCAUGGAGGAUUUUCCAGACUACAGUGAUACAGACAAGGAUGAUGACAAUGAUGAACAGGAGAGGCCACAACACGUACCUUCACAGCGUGCUAAACUACCAAUAGCACCAAGUUUUAAACCCUCGGUGCUCCCACGAAAACCCAACAAUGAACGGUCACCUCCACAAAAUGCAGAAUCUGUAGACAUUAUAGAAGACUCCACUAGUCAAUCGGGAAGUAUGGUGAUAUCAGCACUGAGCCAGAUCCUGUCUACUGAUCCAAGUAGCAUAUACAAUGAUUUGGUUACGAUCUCACAUGAAGAUAUACUAGACACACAACCUCUGCAAGAAGCACCCAGCUGCAGCACUUUCCACACGCCAUCCCAGUCGAAUGAUAUAUUCGACAGCAGACAUAGGCAUAGCCCCUUGCCGAGUAAUCCUACAUCAAGGCCUAGUGAAGCGUGUUUGAGAGUGCACAGAGAUUGUAAUGAAGCAACAGUUGAAGAACAGAUUAGCGAAGUUUUAAAAUAUGCUCCCAGCAAGGCUGGAGGUUCAAGAUUUAAGGUAACCAACUAA